AAGCUGACACGGAACAGUAGAGAUGUAGAAAUACCACAGCCUUUUUGAAGUAGAGGAAAGACUAUGAAAAUCAAGGAGGACAUAAAGGCGUCCUACAAAUAAUUGUAGGAACGACUAACUUGGCUAUGGUUGAGUUAAACAAAUUCAACUUUUGAGUUUGUUCAUUUAAGCGAAUUUUUUUAGUCAUGAUUUUAAUUCUCCUUUUGGUGUGUCAUUCAUACCUGUCACUCCUGUCCCUGUUAUAUAUUUGGCGUUGCCAUGUGUCAAACUGACGUGCACUUGCUGAGUUGCUCUGAAAUUUGUAUUUUGAAUCUAAAGAUUUAAAAAAGGCUAAUUAAAAUGAGUGGCCUGAAUAUCUACAUUUUCUUUAUAACGUACCUUUUAGAUCUCUCCAGGGCAAACGAAGUAGUAGGGUGUGGGGGAUUUUUGAAAAGCCAUGUUCCAAUAGAUUUUUCCAAAGUAGAGGUUAGACUAGUUACGAAACAAGGAAUCAUAAAAGAUAAAACCACCGCAGCCCCUAAUAACGGGUACUAUUUUGUACCUUUAUAUGACAAGGGUGAAAUGUUCGUAGAGCUAGCACCACCUCCAGGUUGGAGUUUUGAGCCAAAGGAGGUAGCAAUAAAUAUUGAUGGGGUAAAUGACUUUUGCAGCCAAGGCAAAGAUAUAAACUUUGUUUUUCAAGGUUUUGGAAUUACUGGAAAGGUAGAAAGUUUGGGUGAUAGUAAUAAUGGCCCAAAAGGAGUCACUGUUCAUUUACAAUCAAAAGAUGAGAAUAGAACAACAAUUACAAAUGAUGAAGGCAGCUUCUUUUUCACUCCUGUAUAUCCAGGUGUUUAUAAGGUUUCAAUAUAUCAUCCCAAGUGGAAAAUAUUCAAAAAAUCAGUUGAUGUGCAAGUGGAAGAGAGCAAUGCAGAAUUGCAAAAGGAUAGUCUCAUAGUGCAAGGAUACGAGGUGACUGGAAAAGUAACAAGUGAUGGAGAACCCGUCAAGGGCGUUACUGUUAUAAUAUUACUAUCUGAAGAGAAAAAAAAACCUGUGUUAGUUGAUGGUUGCAUCAAGGAAGCAAUAGGAAAAUAUCAAGGAAACAACAGCACACUUUGUCAUGCAAUAACAGAUGAUAAUGGAGUAUACAGAUUUGGAGUUGUACCAAAUGGCCGAUAUUUUGUCACUGCACAUUUUGAAAAGCAAAAUAUACAUUAUCAACCGCAGAAGAUUGAAUUUGCAGUCAAUAAUGGCGAUGCAGUUUUAGAGCAGCAGUUUGAGAUUAUUGGGUUCAGCAUACCUGGUAGAGUGUAUAAAUCAAAAGAUAAACCUGUUCCAAACGCAAAAAUAUACAUAAAUGGGCAAACAGUCGCAACAACUGAUAAAAAUGGAAUAUAUAAAUUGGAAAAACUGAAAGCAGGAACAUAUAAAAUAAAAGUAGAAGCAGAGGACUUGAUCUUUGACGAGAAAAUCUUCCGCUUGAAUCCGAGUCACCAAGAGCUGCCGGACAUUCUGCCGUCCGCGUUCAAAGUUUGCGGCAUGGUGACCAGCGGACAGUCACAAACAGUCAGUUUCAUGCACGUCGGUACUUUAAAGAGAACGCAAGCGCAGUCUUCGACUCAAGAUGGGGGAUUCUGUCAAUUUCUCGCGCCGGGGAAAUACGAUGUCAAAGUUGUUGUCGGACAAGACGAGACUCAAAAAGGAUUACAGUUUUUCCCUCUGAAACAUACGAUUGAAGUUGUUUCUGACGAGAUUACAGAUUUGAUAUUCUCUCAAUUGAAGGCAACCGUUUUUGGAAAGGUGAAGUGCUUACAGUCAGAAAACUGCCAAGGCUUGUCAGUUGUAAUGAAAAGUGAUAACGCGGACGAUCUCAUUGCCAAAGUGCAAGGAGGCUCCUUCAAAUUUGAAGAUAUCUUUCCUGGGACGUACAAAAUCAGCCUGUCACCAAACCGAUUUUGCUGGGAAACCAGCGAACAUGUAAUGAACAUUAACAGUGCGACCGUUGAUGUCUCUUUCACUCAAACAGGCUAUAUUGUGAAUUUUCUCUUCUCGCACGACGCUAAGGUCCGUUAUCAGUUAAAAGGUGAGACAAAGUCAUCCGGCAUCGCAGUAACUAAGGGAAGAUCGUCGGUCUGCCUUCCAAAACCGGGAGAAUACAAAUUUACGGUAGAAAGCUGCCACAGUUACAGCCCGAGCAGUUUCACUUACACAACCGACGAAGAAGUGAACGAAAUUGCGCUGAACGCCGAAAAACACACUCAGACACUCUGCAUCGCGGCGGAAACGAACUUCGGAGACGUUCGAGUUGCAGUUAAAGUCGGCGCCGACCAAACGGCGAAGACGCUCAAGUACAAAGACGGAUGUUACAAACUGGAAUUGAUGCUGGAGCCCGGCCAAACGGCCGCGGUCGAGCCGCACUCCGACUUUCUGUUCUUCACUCCUGGAACGUUAUCCGUGCAGGGAAAAGACGAUUGUUCGGAUUCCGGAAUGAAAUUUUCGGCUGCGAAAGGAAAAGUGUUUCGAGGAAAAGUCGUGCCGGCGUUGGAAGGUGUCGUGAUCACGGUCGAAACGCCGCAAUUCGAUCCGCUGGUCGUAGAGACAGACGCUGAAGGAUUUUAUAAAUUUCAACCUUUGGACAACAAGAAGGAAUACAAAAUCAGCGCGGCGAAAGAAUCUUACGUUUUGAUGGGUCCAGACGAAAAUGGAAACUUUGCGGCUCACAAACUGGCGGAAGUACAUGUGGAAGUCGUCGAUAGUGCAGACAACACCCCUCUAACAGGUGUCCUGUUGUCGCUUUCCGGCGGCGAAGGUUACCGGAAAAAUCUGCAGAGCGGCGAAGACGGAAAAAUCACGUUCCACUCGUUGAGUCCCAGCGAAUACUUUUUGCGACCGAUGAUGAAAGAAUACGUGUUCGAACCGAAUUCGAAGAUCAUUCCCGUAAAUGAAGGGCAAACGGUGCACGUCAAAUUAAUCGGUAAGAGAGUCGCGUACAGCGCAUACGGCAAAGUGGUGUCUUUAAAUGGAGAACCAGAAGAGAAUAUGAUGAUCGUGGCAAAAGGAAUCGGUAAUUGCAGCAUGUACUCUGAAGAGACCACUUGCGAACAUAACGGGCUGUUCAGGAUAAGGGGACUGCAGCCGUAUUGCUCGUAUGUUGUCGAGGUAAAAGAUCAGGAAAAUGGAGCUGUGGAAAGAACGGCUCCGGAAUAUAUACCGAUCAAUCAUAUAAAAGAAGACACUCGCGAUCUAAAGCUAGUAGUGUUCCGGAGCGCAGCGCAGAUGGAUAUAUUAGUAAAAGUGUACUCGGCGAACGUCGAUCACUACAAAUCGUUGAAGGUGAAACUGUUGAAAGAAAGCGGCUCGUCUGCCAUGACGACCAAGAUCGACACUUCUUCGAUCAAAUUGAGCAAAUACAGCAAUCCGGGAUUGAUGAUCUACAUGCCGUCGGUUCCGUUGGACAACUCUUCCUAUUCCCUUCAUUUGGAGUCCAGUCUGGUGCAGAACAAGAAGUGGCAUCAUCACGAUUUCGUAGCCGAUUCCACGUUUAAAUAUUUCGAAUUGAACUUCAGCCCGAAGAACAACAUCAUCGACCAGCCGAUUAGACAAACUUCCAUUUGGACUUUAUUGUUCAUUUUCGUGAUUCUGCUAGUCGUGUACAAUAUUCAAGCGGUCGCGGAAUUUUUGAAAGACAAAUUCAAUUUCAACCUGAGCAACUUGACUAAUUUCAUUACUCUGCCGAGUUCGAACCAUAAAAGCGCCAGCGAUUAUUUCGACGAGGCGGACAUCGAUCAAAUCGUUCAAAGUAUCAAUAAUACAAAGAAAAAGCCUAAAACGAAGUGGUUAAAAAAGUGAGACUUCAUAUUGCAAAGUUUUCAGAUAUAUUGUUUCGGUACUAGUCGUGAAUAUUCAAGGUUUUCGGUGGUGUAUUGAAAAUUAGGAAAAAAGGCAACUUGAAAAAUGGAGAUAGUAACUUGAAUUAUGAAGAAUUCCCAUAGUUCAAUUAUUUGCAACAAGCUUAGCAUUUUCUUAGUGUUAUGUUAAAAUGUAUAGGUUACUUGUACAUUACGUAAAAGAUGUAUGUAGGAAGCACAGUAAUGUCCGCUUAUAACGAACCUCAAGGGACCAGCGAAACUGGUUCUUAAUAAACGAUAAAUAAUGCUAAUACCAGAAAAUAUUUUUCAUUACUUUAUUAUUCAAACUAGGGGUAUAUAAAAUCUUUGUAAUACAUAGUAUAUAUGUAAUAAUAUCUAUAAUCCACAUUUAUGAAAUUCUUUCUUUCAUUCAUUUUAGCUUGGUUUAUUUUUGUGAAAUGAAUAUCAUUAAUAUGUUCUACUUCAGCUAGUGGAUCUAGCACACGCUGCGGAGUAUUUCGUGACUGAAGGAAAUGACGAACGCUGUCAAUAUCUCGAAGUGCUCACACCAGUGAUCAAUGACAUUCAAAUCAGCCUGUAACCUUAAACUGUCUUCUGAACAACAUACGCUAUUAAAUAUUUUCAGGUCAUCGGCAUAUAGCAGGUGCUCACAACGCAAGUCUGUUGAAACAUCAUUGAUAAAAAUUAAAAAUAAUAGAGGACCCAGAACAGAACCUUGGGGCACCCCUGAUGUAGCUAAAACCGCUUCAGACUUAUAUCCACGGAAGUCCAAACAUCUACCACCGAUGUAUGAACUUUUCUCUUGGCUAUGGAUGUUGUGAUUGUCCGUAGGUGGUAGACGGUCUCUGACUGUCAAACGUGGAGGUACCACCCGGCGGAUCUCUUAGGCGGAGCCAGAAUGUGUGCAUGUUGCAUGCACACGUGUUCCCUCGCCAGAGUCCGUGUGGCGUCCCCCCUUUCCCCUGUAUCCCCCUAUAGCCCCACGAUACCCAAUGGGUGUUUAGGCCUUAGGCCUUCGUGGUAGUUGGAGUAUAAAAAAAAGCUAAGAAUUUAAUCUAAUCUUUUGACGAUAUCGUAUUUACUAUUUAAAGUAAGAGCUUUAUAGCUUCAUAGAGCUUCAUAGAAAUUACGUCGCCCAUGAUUUCAAGAGUGCAGGACACUGAAUACAACGAAUAAAGAAGGUAUCAGACUAAAUGGCGGUGGCGGACUGGCGGCAAACGCUGAAGAUUGCUCAUACCCCAUCACGCGGUCGGAAUAAUUCGGUUACCUGAUUCCGGUAAAAUCCAGUUUUACGCUCGUUAUAACCGAAAAAUUUUACGAAUAUAUCAACAUUUUAGGUUCGUUUCGUCAGGUAAACAGGUUUUUUAUAAGCGGACAUUUCUGUAUUAAAGAUUCAUUUGUAUUUGAAAAUAUAGUGAAAGUUGAUUGGGUUAUCCGACUUUUUAACUACCUUUCUAUGUAUCCCUACUAAGUGAACCUACCUUAUCACGAUUCGAUUUCGCCUUUUCAUCUAUUGAAACCUCCGAUGAAGGCAUAGGAAGUCUUCUCGACGGCAUUUUUAAUAGUCGAGAAUAUGUUUCUUUCGGAAAUGGACAGAACGGGGCAAUGAAGAAAUGAAAAACGUUUAUUAUUUAUAUAACUUUAUUUAUAUCACAG